AGCUGCACAGAGCAGCCACCACUGCCUCUUAAAGCCUAAGGUAGUCCUCAUUUCAGCUACAGACUGAUAGACAGAGAGCAGGAAGGGCUGGAGACAGGUCUGAGAGAGAGGGAGAGGGAAGGAGAGUGAGAGACUGUGAACAGGGAAAGUUAGACUAUAAGCAGUCCUACUUGUGUGACCACUCUUCCUUCCCUCUGCACUACCUGAGGCACACACACACACACUCACAGGGAGGUGAUUCAGGGAGGCUUAGAGGGCCGACUCUCCAGGGAGGAAGGGAAUUAAACACUUUUGUUUUUAAUUCUUAGCGUCCAUACUCAGGACAAAAAGAAGGAUUACAGCUUGUUCGACAGCCCCACUUGUUCCUCUCCUCUCCCUGCAUUUUGUCCUCACUGAGUCACUUUGGAGACUUUGGAUACAACCUUCCUGAACUGUUGGUUGGAGCUCAGAGAGGCAUGGCACACGGACAAAAGAGCCCCAGGUGGGCAUUAACCCAGGGCCCCUUCAGCUUGGCACUGGGCCUGUCGCUCUUCUCCCUCCUCCUCUUCCUCCUCACCGUCUCGGCCGCAGAUGAGUACGACUACUACAGCUGGCAGUCGGACAACUUCCACAAUGGCCGCUUCUACACCAAGCAGCCGCAGUGCGUGGACAUACCAGCUGACCUGCGCCUGUGCCACAACGUGGGCUACAAGAAGAUGAGGCUGCCAAACCUGCUGGACCACGAGACCAUGCCAGAAGUCAAGCAGCAGGCGGGCAGCUGGGUGCCCCUCCUGGCCAAACGCUGUCACGCUGACACCCAGGUCUUCCUGUGCUCGCUGUUUGCGCCCGUUUGCCUGGACAGGCCCAUCUAUCCGUGCCGCUCGCUGUGUGAGGCUGUGAGGGACAGCUGCGCUCCGGUCAUGGAGACCUACGGCUUCCCCUGGCCGGAGAUGCUGACCUGUGAUAAGUUUCCCAUUGAUAACGACCUCUGCAUCCCCAUGCAGUUCACUGGGAACCACGCCACCCAGCCACCAGGUAGGCCAGCUGUGUGCACAUGCACCUAUUAUGAUACACACACCCUUUUUCAAGCAUGCACACACACACACUCGAAUCAACACACCUACAGGUUAAAGUCCACAAUGGUGUAAAUAAGAGCAGUUAUUGCAGCAUUUUUGCUAAAAAAAAGUCACUUUGCAAGAGUCUGAUGUUUAGCUGCAGGUUAAAGGUGUUUCCAACAACAUGUAAACAUGACUUUUAUGGAAAAUCUAAGAUUACUGUCCUCUCAAAGUGGAUUAAUUUCUGCUCUUUAAAUCAAAACAUGUGAAAGAAAAUCUAAAAUCCUCCUUUAAGACAGGAGCAGAGUCCUACUGGAUUGUUUUGUCAAUUUUGAGUCCAAAAAGCAAAUCAUGGAUAAUGAUUUCAAGACUUUAUGGGUUAAAAAAGUCCCUGAAAUUUGUUUGAAAACUGUCUAGUCCAAGUUUUUCAGCUUCAAACACUAAUAUGAAGUUGUUUUAGAUAGAAAGUGGGGUGGGAAGGAAGUUUUUUAACUGAUCAAAAUGAUAAAAACCUUGAAGUCAUGUAGUUUAAAACAUAACUUAAGAGCUUGUAGAGUCAGAUACAUUCAGCGCUUAAAAAUGUCUGUGAGGAUCACAUGCUCCCCCUCUUACUAAAAAUGAUGACAGACGGCGGUUUGAUUGCAAGAAUAUCCUGAAGAGUUUAGAGAGAGAGAGAGAGGGAGAGCAGGACGGGGCUUAGGGGGGAAAGUUCCCGAGUGAGAGGACGGUUCAGGACGGCCAUCUCCACCUGCCUCAGGGAGGGACAGAGACAGACCCAGAGAGACAGACAGGAGACUGAGAGACUCCGGCAGUCAGUCAGUCAGUCAGAUCGCUCCCUGAGUUAAGAUGAAUGGACUGUGAUGUUAAACACAUCAGAACUGGGAAGGUGAAACACACUCACAUGCAAACACACACACACACCUUUAUCAGCAGGCAUCAAUCAACAGGUAAUCAAUCAAUCUAACAAGUGAGUGAAGGUCUGAUUUCAGGCUGUCAUGCGUGCAAACCGGCCUGGAGAGUGUCGAGAGACCCAGAGAGGGAUGAGAAAUGAAGGGAAAGAACCACAUAAAGGUUUCUAAGAGGGAUUUAAUUCACAAAAAUGGAAAAUAUGAUUGAAUUUCUCUCAGGCUGUGAGUAAGAGGACAGACAAAUGGAGCAAGUUAGAGAGAAGGAGUGAGAACUAAAUAGAAAGAAAUAGGUGUGUGUGUGUGAGAGUGAGUGUGUGUGUGUUCACAGCGACUACUUAAGCAGCUUCUUCACAAAGGCAGUCAGCGCUGCGAGAGGGGGAGAGAGGGAGUCGAUGAGGGUCUUUAAGGGGGGACAGUCCCCACUGUGUCCCAGCCUGCUCAGCUUUUGUUGGGUCUGGCAGCCAGCGGGCCAAUUAGCUAGAAGGCCAAUUACUGAGCUCCGGCUAAUUAGCGGACAUGACAGGACAAGAGAGGCAGACGGGAGAAUGGGGACGGCUGAAGUGUGAUUGUUGCUGCAUGGAGGAAAGUGAAAGGAGAGGAGACAGAGAGAAGCAGACAGACAGAGAGAGAGAGAGAGAGUGGAGAGAAAAGGAGAAAAGAGUCUUCCUGAAGCUGCUCAGAGAAAAUGCUUUAUUACCCUCUUUAUAAGCGUUUAUAGCCACGCAGUUUAUGGCAUUUCCUACACACUUGGGAAUUCAUCCUCCUGCGUCGACAGUUUGAAAAAGUUUUUGUGCAUGUUGACUUUGGGUCCAACUCUGCAGUUUUUAAAUAUAUUUAAGUUUUUUUUUUCCCCAUCUUUGACAAAUUGCACAUUUCUAAUGCAUUAAAACUCACAGCCAGCAUCUUUCUCCUGCUGUCAGUCGUAAACCAUCUGUGCGGCGUAUCUUUGCUCUCUAUCAGCAAUGUUCGCAGCAAGCUGAUAUCCGACUAUCUGCGGAGCUAUCUUCAAAAGUAGGGAAAAGAAACAGUUCCAGGAUGCGGAGCUGACUUAUUCCAUUAGGAAAAACAGCUGCUCUGUUUUUCUAGGACUGGUAUCAACUAUGUGACAUUUGGGCUCUGAGCGGCCAUAACUCAUUCUCGUACACGCUCCCUGAGAGGGAAGGCAGCUCAGACUUAAUCUGUCACCUCCUCAAAACAGGAGAGUGUUUGUUGAUGCUAUCUAAUCAAAUAAUGAUCAGAGGCGGUUAGAUCACAGAUAGGGCGCAGGGUGAGGGGAAAUAUGCGGAGGGGUUUUUGUUAUUGGGCAAUUCUGUGCAGCGGGGAAAACAGGCGUGAAUGUGCUGAUUUUGAAGGGGUGAAUAAAACAUGGCGUACUGGUUAAGUUGAAAUGAUUACAUUCGGGUGUGAAGGGGUGUGAGUGUGUUUUUGAAACCGAGAGUGAACCUGUAUCACUUCUAGCCCGCAGGCUCAGUCACUGACAUUUUGUUAAGAAGCAGAGAUUCUCAGAUGUGCCGACAAGGCCGUCCCGAGGACAGGAUUUUGGCUCUCCAGCACAUGUACACACACUAACACACACUCACACGCGCACACAUACAGAAACACAGCCAGCAAUAAUAAAAAAAUGAGUCUCAGCUUAAAUCUAUUAGAGGACAGUUUCCUGGGAAGCCUCUGUGUCAAAGGACGUGGAUGAUUUUCUUCUCACAGGAUCAUAUGAGGACUCCUGUGGUAAUCCAGGUGAAUCUUUGGGAAUUGGAUCAAGAGCGGGAAUUAAGUGCCGCUCUACCUCCCUGUCCGGGAGGCCCCUGAUGCUAUCUGAGCUAUUCUGUGAUUACAUGAUAUCGUACUGUUGGAGAGCUGCUGUGGAAACGGACGGUACAGAGUUCGAUUCACUUUCCACCUGUGUCAUCGUCAGAGUAGAGAGGAGCGCCUAAACACGCCGAGCUCUGUCAAACUGACCCGUGCGUGUGUGUGUGUGCAUUUAGUGGUGAUUUUGCCUGUUUGUGUGUAUAACAAGGUAGAUAUGAUUGUGUUCAUGUGGGAGAUAUUUAAUGGGAUAGAUGAUCAGACUGACGACUAAAGAGAGCAAAAAUCGUCCAGCUGAGCCUUGUCUGCACAGUUGAUACUACCCCAUAAAUCCGCCUCAGUCAGUACGUUUACGUGACACUCGAGAAAACCGAAUUACUGCCUUACUCCGAUUAAGACCGGACAACUGAAGUGCAUGUUAACACCUUAGUCCGACUAUAAUCGGAGUUUGAGAACUCUGAUGAAGACACCCAGAUAAUGCGGUUGGAGUUCGAUUUUCUCUACCAUGGAACCAGCGUAGUCGGAGUAUGAUCGGACAAUGCAUGUUCGCCACGCCUUCAUAACCCCAGAACAAAAACACCAGAGAAGAAGUCUCUAUCAGAACUUUCAACUCAGAAGCAACAGUAACAUGGCUGAAACAUGAAAGAAUGUCCACUUUUGGAGCGAUGAGGAGAGCGCCGUUAUGUUUUCCGUCCUAACAGAAAUGGACAUUUUAAAGCAUAUGGACGGUCGCAAAAUAAGGAACGGAGACAUCUUUAAAAAAGGUCUGGAAACAGCGAUAUAACCCCCUAGUUUUGGGGAAGAGGACAUGCUCACGCCAAUAAUUCGAUUUUCACAGCUGCAUGAAAACGCGAAAAUACGAAUUAUGAGCUUAGUCCGAUUAAAUUGUGCAUGUAAACGCACAGAGUGGUUAGAUUAGAUUAGAUUCAACUUUAUUGUCAUUACACUGUUCAGAACAAUGCAAUGACAUGCAGUUUAGCAUCUAACCAGAAGUGCAAAAGCGCAAGUAUCAGAUAAUAUUUACAGCAUAGAUAAAUAUAUUUGUAUACCCACAUAUACGUAUAUUUAUAUAUAUAUUUACACAUAAAUAAGCAAUGGUAUGAAGUUGCUACUGUCAAUAUUGUCAUAGGGUGAGAGUUUAAGAGAGUGACCAACAGGUAAAAAGCAGAGAAAGCUUCCUCCGUGUCUUUUUUAGGUGAAAGGGUUAAACUUCAUAACCUAAAUUGCAUGUUUUUUACUGAAUAUCCACAACAAUAGCAGCGUUGUCCACUCAAAGUGGUAAAAUUGCAUGGUGUGAAAGAUAUUGUCUGUCCUCGCUGUAUCCACUGAUGCAGCUAGUGUAAGUUACAACCAUGCUAAAAGAGACAGGCAGCACUGUCAGGUCCCCAGCAGCACAAUGGGUGCUACUCAUGUGGCCCUGGCUGCUAUAUGAAAGGGAAAAUGUGAUCCAACGCUUUGUGCAUGGAAGACUGCCUCAGCCUUUUGAGGAUGUAUUUUCUCUUCUGUAUAGGAUUCCUACAGAUGCAGGGAGCGCGCUGUGUUUCAGGGGCCCCGGGGGCUGCCUGUGGGCCACAUUUAGGUCCUCCUCUGUCCGUCUGCAUGCCGCAUUAAAACAGAUGUUAGGACCUCCGACAUAAAUCACACGCUGCAUUUCAUCUCCGGCGCAGUACUGUUUUAUGUCAUAAGUGUUGCUGCUCGUAACUUAAAGGGCCCAAAUGAGGCGUGAGAUAGUGACCCGUGCAUACUUUAAAUGGAACGUUUCUCACAUAAAACAAAGGCGGUGUGAUGGCUGCAUGAACAGGACAUGUCAGGGAUGAUGAUACUGUUAGGCUGGAUUAUCUUCGAGUGCGUGUAAGUGUUGGACAGAAUUAAAGGCGUGAAUUACAUUUUAAAGCAAAUAUGACAAAUACCGCAAACAUAAAACGUGAUUCAUCUGUUUUUAAUCGAACUUCUCAGUGUUUAAAAAGGAUUCUUACGUGACAUUUCAUGACAAAUGGAGCCUUUCAGGAUCCAAUUAUGAUCAGGGCGUUUACAUAAUUGAAUAAACUGCACAAAGCAAUUUCCUAUUGCACCAUCUUCUCACCACAAAAUGAAAAUAUCAUCGUGUUGUUGUCAGGCUUUUAUAUGUUGAUGAAAACUAAAAAACUUUAGAGGAAACAUCUCAAUUUGCUGCAGAGAUGCUAAAUUUUUUGGCUCUUUUUUUCUAAAUUAAAACCAGACUUGAAAAUAUUUUAGAAACUGUUUUAUUACUCAGCGAUCUUGCUUAUCUUGGCUGUGAUAAAUGCUUGAUUCUGAUUGGUUAAAACCGUAUAACACCUGGCAAUCAGUUCUGAAGAGUGAAAGCAAUGCCAGAGACAACCUGAUCACAACGCCAGAGAAGAAGGCAUAUUGAUAAAGUUGAUGAGUCCACCUCUUCCUGUUGACCAUGUGUCAAAAAACAACAUCAUAGGUCGACAACAAAGAAGCAACCACAAACAGAAACACAAACAGUUAAAGGUAGCUUUUUUUUCACUGUAGGAUAUGGGGGUCUUUUGUUGGCUGCAUUAAUUAAAAUCAAUAAAACCACCUUGUAUCAAUAACUAUUAUCUAUUGUCUUCAGAUGGUAAACACAUAAUGAGCCAGAUACCAUCAUGGUCUUGUCCGUCAAACAUCCAUAUCCAAGAAAGUCCACCAUGACAUUUGCAAAAACCAACUGCACAGAGCUUUUAAACAUCGCUGUGAAACGGGUCAUAUUUAAAGCUCCUGUGAGGAGCUUUCAGUUUGUGUCGAUUUUGGCGCCCCCCUGUGGACAAAGCGGUCUUUGCUGAUUUUUUUCGUCUACAUGCUUAAUCAGUGUCUUCUGACACAAAAACUCAUCCUGCUGAUUUUAGAAAGUGAAGUCUUUUAAGUAAAAUUUUUAUCUAUGUGGACGAUGUAAACACAGGACUGCUUGGCUGACGCUGAUUUCAGGGAUAAAAAUUACAAAAUGAACAUUAUGAAUCUCCUCAUUGAUGGUCUUUUUAGUUUUUUUUUAAUCAUAAAAAGUAGGGUGACCAUAUUCUGACUUCCCAGAAAGACAAGACGACCCCGCGGGGCGGAGUCACAGAGUCACACAAAGUUAAUUUUGAGUUUUUCCGAUCGGAUCGAGUGUCUUUAAUACGCUUCUAAAGGGCUCGACAGCACGACCGUUUCACUCGCAUUUGCAACUCAAAUUGAUGUGUGCGAAUUGUAAAAUGUAUUUAGGGUCAUAUGUGCGCAAAAAAAAAAAAAAAUUGCUGUGGCAACAAAUAUUUUUUCAUGUAAAUACCACGGUGAAGUUAGUUUUAGGUUGGAUAUCCGACGGACAUUCACUGCAGGUGUCUUCUCACUCUCCAUAACCAGGAAUAGCGACAGCAGUGCGGUUAAAUCUACUCGGCAUCCUCACUGUCAGCGUUGGGUGUUGAAUAAGGGACCGUGAAUAAAUUACUGGUUGAUGUUCUCAGAAAAGGCUGUUUUCCGCCAAUAGCUUUCAUGUCAUGUGACCAAAUGACUUAAAAUUGAUUUCAAAAUCAUAGUACUUAUGUCGACCAAUAGGACACACAUAAUUUGAUCAAUUUUCAUUGUGCCCCUAAAGUUCCUUGUGUGCUUCUUACUUUUUCAACUUGCACAUGUGCUCCUUGUGAAAAAAGUUAGUAUCAAGCCCUGUCCUUACUGAGUAAAUCCACGUGACACAAAACUGAAACUCUGGUACAAAACUGCGAACAUUUGAAGGAUUCUAUAAACAUUCUGUGGACAAACCCGGACAGCCCGGACACCCCCCAAAAAGAGGACAUGUCCAGAUAAAAAAGGACGUAUGGUCACCCAUAAAAAGGCGCCAUUAUGAAUUUUAGUUCAUUUCAUAAACAUAAAAAAACUCCUCACUGGAGCUUUAAUAUGAGAUACCACUCCUCAGUCGGUGCUUUAACAGGUGCUUAAGGACCUCCUUCUCUCAUGGAGCCGUUUUAAAUCAUAUUGCCUCAUAAACUUAAUCUCUUACUUGUAAGUAAUUUUCAGAAAGUUUAAAAAGUCUCAGUUUAAAUACUGAGGAGCCUUAAAGUUACAUGUGUCUGUGUUUAAUCAUCCCCUCCUCUUAUACGAGGAGGAGAAGAAAAGGACAGUGGGAGUGGAGAGAAGGAGAAAGUGAUAUUAACUUCAGGGCUAUGACUAAAACAAGUUGUGCGGUUAAAUUACUGGACUCCUGCCGUGUGUCAUUUCCACUGUGGCUCGCCGUUUGAAGAUUAACAGAAGGGCUUUCCAGCAGACCACCUCCCUGCUCUCAUCGCCCUCUUCCUCUUAUCCUCAAUCAUAGACUCCAGCCGCCCUCUUCUUCCAUAACAGCAGCUCUGAGAGACAAUAUUUAAACAUUUAUCACUGUGUUUGGGAACAUUAACGUUCCUGUACGACAGCCAAGGUUAAGUGAAACCCAGCAUGCAAAUGACAAAAAGCAGCACACAAGAGGUGGUCCGAGUCCAAAAUCAACCCGAGUGAGAACAUUGUGCUCGCAGUUUUAUCACAUGGCACGGUAGGAAAAAUGCUCAACUGCUUUCAGACGAUGGCAAAAUACAUGAAUGAGCUCAUGUCUAAGUAUUUUCUGGAUAGUGACUCCCAUCAGAACAUGACGGUGAUUCCCCUGAUAGAGAGCAGACCGAGAUGGGGGCAGUCAUUCUUCAACGAGAAUUCAAAUGGUGGUUUCUCGCUCCGAGCUCGACCAGGUUUCACGGGAGAGGGGGGGGGGCGACCGCUUUUCCUGACACAUGCUCUGGCAUCCGCACAACUGGGCCUCCCGCCAACAUACCACCCCUGCGAAACUUCGAGUGAAUCACGGCGGAGUCUGAAUGAGACGUAACAGCUUCAAGGGAAUCAUUCAAAACAGACAAACUCAGAGUCUCAGCGUCGAUCUCGAUCAGUGUUUCGGUUUGUGUGUUUGUCUGUGUGUGUGUGUGUGUGCGCAUGUGUGUGUGUGUUUCUGUGCCAGUCUUCAUGUCAGCACCAGACAAUUAGAGGCUUGACCCCGCAGGUCUCCUGCUAUGGGAAGCAUGGGAACUCUCAUAGGAGGAAAACUGGCAGUUACUCUUCAAGAACAUGGUCCAACAUACGAACGCGUACACACACACACACACACAAACAUACACUGCGAGGCGGUUAGGGGGUUCACCUCCCCACGACCCAAGCAGUGAAGCAUGCUAAACUUUGACCCCUGUUAUUAUCUGCCCAGACGCUGAGGUUUGGGCUGGGGUGAUAACCUUUGAACUCUGACUCUUAACCCAGGGCCCUGGGCUGGUCUUCUCUCGGAUAAUCCUGUGUUUGUGUGUGUGUGUGUACAAGUGUGAGUUUGUUAGCGGGACUUUCACAGGAAAAGAGAGAUUUUGGAUCGCCGUUUGCGUCCCGCAGACGCUCGCUCAGUCACGUCCUCUCACUCCUGAUACUCCUCUGCUGGUUUACUGUAUACAUGUGCUGAGGGGGAGAUUUAAACACCACAUCCUCCCCCCCUCUAUGACUCCCUCGAAUAUUAUUCCUUUUUGUCUGGAUCGGCCCCAGGCUCUGUUUACAGAUGAGUGGACUGAUAUUAGAUGUGAGCAGCUAUAGCCCCAACCCUCUUGGAUUACAUGGAGUUUAUGUUGUAAUUGUCAUAAUAAAGUUUUAUAUUGAAGAGCCUUUGGAGAAAAUUGCAAGGUAGUAUGAAGCCUGUGAGUGUUUGUGUGUCUGAGAAAAAGGACAUCGAGUGCAGAAAAAACAGAGAGGGAGUUUUUGAUCAUGUCGAAACGUGAGGAUGAUUUUUUGAGGACAUUUUGGACGUUUGAUUUAGUAAAACAGGUGUUAAAGUGUUUGAAAAAAUCAUGUUCUGUCUCAGUGUGUGUCUCCACAAUAACAACACAGCCCCAAAUCACUGUCUGAGGUCGAACACUCUCUGGGAUAAAGCAGGCCUGACCAUAAAUUCAGAGUUCAAAAUAAACUGAGCUUGUUGCUUUGGUUUCCUCUGGCUGUUUCACAAUGUGUGGUUGCUGUGAGGUCUAAGUGCCGCUGGCUGCGAGUGUGUGUACAGAAUCACUUUUCACCAUGUUCAGCCUGCUCCUGCUGCAACAUUUACCUUUCUGCACAGCCAUGACCACGCCUGCACCACCAAAAUAUACAAGGUCCAGAAUAAAAACAUUUUGUGCGGUGUAAUUGCAGGGCAAACAUCAGUCAGCCUGCUGGACUGCAUAUUCGCUCUGUGGCAAAUAGCCUCUGACACCGAAAGGGGGGCUGUGAAUAAGUGCUCCAAGAGUGUUUAACGAUUUCACACUGAAUUGUUCCUGCACCUGACUAACAUUUGCCCCAACUCGGCUGUUAGAAACAUGAACAUUGAUUUGUUACAGGCAGGAAAUUGAUUUGUUACUAACGGCUUUUAACCUUUUUGUCCUUUCAGUGUCUAAAGUGUGCCCCCCCUGCGACAACGAGCUGAAAGCAGACAACAUCAUGGAGCAUUUCUGCGCCAGUGACUUUGGUGAGUAGAGUGAGUUUAACGUGAGUUUUAAACACAGUUUAAAGUCAAAGUGAUUUUAUAUCAUGUCCGAUUUACAGUGCCUAUUAAAAGUAUGUUUUACUCAAUAUCUAGAUGAGCGAAAGUACGAUUUCCAAAGUUUUGACACAGCUGAGUUUAAUAUAACAUUUUAUUUACCAUACGAUGAAAAUAAGGGUGAUAUGGUCCCUAAAAAUGAGCUUUGUAUCAGUGUAUCAUUCGUUCAUUCCAUAUCCAUUUUAGAAUCCAAAAUCGGAAAACGGAUAAUGACUUGUUUUGUUUAAUUUUUCGUUUUCAAAUCAAAAAUCGGAAAACAAAUAACGGCCUAUUUUUUUGCUGUUUUGAUUUUGUUUUGAAAUUAAAAAUAGAAAAUGAGAGAAUGGGAUUAUUAUGGGAUUUUUGUUCUAUUCGUUUUUGGUUUGAAACAUUUUCGAUCCGUUGUGACCUGGAAGUUUCCCCCUCAGGGGGAAAUUGCUUUUGUCACAGUAAAGAGGAGAUAAAUAAUAGAUACAAUAAGUAAAAAAUAAACUGAUUAAUAGAUAAAAUAAGUAAAAUUAGUGAAAAUAAAGAGAUAAUAUACAAGUAUGUACACUAUAUACAACACAAAAUAGUAAAAUAGAGACUUUCCCAAGUGACAGCAGAGGAUGAUGGCACAACUUUAGGUGAGUUCUACCAAAGUUACCAAGUUCAACCUUAUCGCUAGCAUGAAUCGAUUGCAAACUGUAAAUGUCACUGUGCCUCUGCAAAGAACCUCUAGUUCUGUGCACAAACUGAACUUGCAUCAAAAAUAUCCAUCAACACAUAAUAAAGGCAGCUGUGUUAGAAACGUGCAAAAGCUAAAGCCUCGGUUUUAAAACUAAUAGCCUAAAAUGAUAGGUGGUGAGAGGGUAAUGAACACCAGCUGAAUCUUUAUGGAUGUUUUAUGUACUUAGGCUCAGCUGUCAGUUUGAAGGUACUUCGCUGGAGGAUAUAAAUAUCUAAUUUGAGCUCUAGUAUCGCUUUAAAUCAAAGUUUUCAUCCUCUGUCUCCUCCAAAUGUUUAUGAGUAUUUGGAAAACGCUGCUCCGACACAAAGACACGAAUCACACGUGAAUUUAUCACCUUCCCUGUAAGCUUUUCUCCCCAUAAAUUGAUGAAUUAUUUUAAAGUCUUUCAGUCCCAAUAGUUCAUUCAACACCAUUUUCUAAACUUUCCAGCAUUCCAGCUUCACCACAGUUAUGACCCACACAAGACGCCAGAAUAUAAUUAUUCCAUUAUUUCUGCUCAUCGAGGCUUUUGGCCCAUCACACUCUGCAGCCGCUCAAGUCCUGCCUGCAUGAACAAUCGCCCCAGUCCUCAAAGUUAAUGACCAACUACUCGGUAUUUUCUCCCAGCUAGAAACUGCGACAAAAACUCAUAACCUUGGAGGACUCAUAAAGAGCAUGGCUUAUGUUUCUGAACAGAUUAGCGAGAAUAAAGUAACUGAAAAGGAAACCAUUUUCCUAUGUUGCCGUGUCCCACAGAGGGAUAAUCUGCGGUUUCAUAAUCGCUCUUCAAGCAGUUACCCACACCUACAAAAUGUUAUGAAUACACAGAACAUGACCCCUUAUAAAUCACGAGUUAAUGCACACCCAACACAUCACGUCCAACUACAAUAACGAAUACGUCUUUACACACAUUGCUCAUAACCUGAGCCGCAGCCAGAACAUAGUCUCAUCCCCGAUUAUUAAUCACAAACCCAGACAUUUAUUUGUCUGAUUAAUUCAGGGAUUACACAUCUCAAUCUUCAAACAUGUGGGGAACAGAAAGCCACAAAGAGAUUCUUUCUAUUCAUUAUGGUGAAACAUGACCAUAUGUGUGAGCCGUACUCCAACAUUUCAUGGGCUAUAGAUGUAUAUGACAUGAGGAUGAGUCGGGAUGUCAAGUUAACUCUGACGUAUGGAUUUGGAGAUCAAGGCAAGAAUGACUCCUCUGUGUUUUUGUACGAGGCGAUAGCUGACUCCGGCUCGAUCUCACGCCUCCUGAAUGUUGUACCUUUUCAUCUCCGAACACGUUUACCCCUCGGAGGAUACCGUACUUAGUGUUUUAUUACAGCCCACGUUUGAUGUCUGAUCUCUCCACAUUCCUUGUUGUAUAAUCCAGAGGCAGAUGACAAAAGUAGAAAAGAAAAAGGAGGGGAAAGUUGGUGAGGUGUACGGUGGAGACAGUUUGAUAGCUGAGGGAGGUAUGUAGAGAGUCUAAAGCCAGAGUUUUAAGUGUCACAAAGCUGGCUGUCCUGUAACCUGGCGAGAUCACAGCGUUAACUCAUGCUGCACACCUGGAGGUUGUUCUGGUUAGGGAUUUGAAUUUAGUUUGGCUUGAUAGUUUCGUUUUUUUGUGAGGAAAUAUCCCACACAUGAAAAUCAUUGAAUUGCACUAAAAAAGUAAAAGAGUAAAUGUAAAAAGUUACAGCUUCUUUGACGUAUUCAUCACUUUGUCUGGAAAUCGUCUUCUGCUGAGUCAUCCUCCUGUUUUUUACUCUACUCUUUAAAUCUAACACACACGAUCAGACACACACCGAAGGCACAAUGAGCGAAUAGCAGCUGCAGGCCUAAAUAGUUAUUGUAGAUUUCGGUGAAUCAGAUACUUUUACCAUCUUGAAGGUGGGCUGCAUCCUUCAGACCCCUGCAACCAAUAUACCGGCGUUAAAUGAUGAGAGUGGGUUUUUACAGUGUUAAUUUACUCAGAAGAUUGUGCUAUACAAGCUCAAGCUUCAUUAGUGACUGCUAUUGCAACCCACUAGACACAACCUGAUGCAACUAAGAUAGAAAGGGUGUAUGAGUGUAACUUUUUAGGGGUGAAAAUGGACCAUAAUCUCAGUCUGAAACCACAAAUAAACUAUGUUAGGUAAAAGCUGGCUAGGAUUAUUUGCAUUUUGAGUAGGACAAGACACAUAUUAAACCGUAAAACUUUAUACUUAUUAUAAACUAUGCUUAUAUUACCAUAUCUGACUUAUUGCAUAGAAGUUUGGGGAGAAACAUACAAAACAAAUUUACAACCUUUAUAUACUGUGCAAAAGAGAGCAAUAAGGAUCGUUGACAAGGCAGAAUUCUUCCGUCACACUAAUGAACUGUUUCUGAAAUAAGGAGUAUUAAAAUUUGCCGAUCUAGUUGAAUUUAGAACUGCACAGACAAUGUACAAAGCUAGCAACAAUCUACUCUGUAGUAAAUUAAAGAAAAUGUUUGGUGGAAGAGAGGGCAGGUAUGCACAGUUUAAAAGUAAAUUAAAGCAGAGUAUGAUUGAAAAAUACAGACAAAAGUGAUUUUUAGUCAAAGUGAAGUGCAUAUUUGUGUGUAUAUACGUGUAUAUAGGUAUGGAUGUAUAUAUAAAAGGUCUUUGUUUCUAUAUUAAUGAUUUCUUACUUAUUCAUGUUAGACUUUGGAGCUUUGGUUACUUUUUGGCGACAUCAGAAAUUCUAAAUUCUAGAGACGUGUAAAGGGUAAACGAAUUGGAAGGAAUGAGAGUAGGUACAUAUUAGCUAAAUAGCUUCAACCGACUCUACUUUUCAAUCUCCAGAAAAAGGGAAUUUCUUGUCUAGAAUUGUACUGUAUGUAUAUUUUAUCGAAUAAUCAAUCUCAAAUACUGAUUGGACUAGUCUAGCAUUGAAGAAAACAGUGGGGUAAUACUGAGUAAACAGACCUUGCGGAGUGCCGGUUUGAUUGAAACAACUCUUCAGAAACAGCUGGAAUGACACCAAGCAAGUUGGUUGCGGGUAGUGGGGUCCAUACCUCAAACUAUUAAAGAGGCUGAGAUAAACUGUACCAGUAGCUAGCUGGAUUGCAAAGUUCCACAUGGUGAAAACAGAUGUAGCUAGAAUGAGCUACACAGCUGUACAGAAACAUCAUCAUGGACUUAUGAACAUACUGGGAAUCGUCACUCCGGAAGAAAGUUUGAGUAUUUUCCCAGACUGUGUCUUAUAGACUUCGAUUCCGUAUCAUCAGGUAGUUUUGGUGUAGUUUAGUUUGAAACAGUUGCAGCUGCUUUUAAGUUUUAGUCAGUAGGUUCAGUGGUUUGCUCAAACUUGAAGAAAACCUCAAUAUGAUGAUUACGUUUUGUCCCUUUUUUCUACCACUACGUCCAAUCCACAGAGGGCCCAACUUUAUCUCUUAUGACUAAAUAUGGACAUGCAUACAAAGCAAUUUAGAGUGGUUUAUGAAUAAAGUCUAUGAGUAUAUAAAUACAAACUUAGUUUAGGCAUAAAGGCAUAUGCAUGCAGCUGUCAGUGAAGUAGCUGGAUAUGAAUCAGUAUGCAGACCAGACGCUGCAGCCCAACAAACAUUCCCUCUUGAAACUGCUAUCACUUUGCAUGUACUGUACUGUAUAUGCGUAUCAGGGUGUACCAAGAGGUGUUUACGCAACCGUAGACAAGCAGUCCAGAAGUAAAAUGGCGAUCUUCCAACAGAGCUUAGGUACACAGCAAUUUUUCAUACAGACCUUGUGCCUUUGCCUGGUCUAUGAUUAAUCACCUGUCAAAAUGUUCAUCCAGAGAAUUCCUAUCUCAAAUGUUUGGCAGUUUUAAUUUUAAUCUUUCAUCUGAUACAACUUGAGUUUCAAGAAAAAGGCUCAAAAUGAAAAACGAGUUCAGACUUUGUGAGAUUGUUAAAACUGGAUUUCGAAUUGAAAUUGCAACUUUUCACAGCAGAAUAUAACCCACAUAAGGUCCAAAAAUAAAUAACUAGAGGCAUAACGUAUGGACUGAAAUCAAAGGUUUGAUAUAACGGUAUUUUUACAAUGUUUUGUUACUUUCAGGAAAGAUUUUUAAUUCAAGUGCAAAACACAAAAUCAGCCCCAAUGGAGGAUCUGCAGCCUCUCAGUUUCUCACCUAAUUAUACAUGCGGUUACUUGAAGUAGGCGGGGUUGACGUGAUAAUAAGGCACUAACAGACUGCCCAAAUAUUGUCUGAGGAGGUAUUGUGCAGAAAGAUGCAUCUACACCAGCACACCAGACAUACAAUCAAGAAUCUGACACAAAACCGCGGGCGGCAACUGUUGAAGAGUUGCACCUGCAAUAACAGCAGCAUGUCUUUGAGUGGUAUGCACAUUUGUGAGCAGACAGCAUGACUGGUUUAAUUUUUGAGGAUUGCUUUGAGAGUGCCUAUGCAAAUCACUCCUGUGGUGAUGUCACCACAGGGAACCGUUCAGAUUGUAGAAGCUCUGUUUUCUGGUGGGCUACAGAAAUGAGGCAGAUGCUUUUUCACUUUAUAUUCUCGAGGUUGCAAGGCUUUUAUAGCCAAACAGACUGCAAAAGGAAAUUAUUUGACCUACUUAUGCAAGAAAAAUAAAUGUUAAGUUAGAGAGUCAUUUCAUUGUCAACAUUCAGGAGACUGAAGGAACUGCCAUUUGCUGAUGGAGACUUGUGACUUGUGCUGAUUGUCAAAGUCUCAAGUGUCGACUUUGACCUGCAUUGAAAUACCUUGGUUUUAACUUCCUUUUGAUGGCUUUCCCCUCCAAGUCAGGUAUACAAAUAUACCCACAGGAUACCGUCUUUAAACUCUGCAGGAGACGGUAAAUGAUGACACUCAGGAGAGGUGUAGAAUAGCCAAGAGCUUAGUGCUGGUCUUAAAGAAACAUCAUAACUGCCCAUAGUAUUAGGUAGCUGCAACAGAUUGAAAUAUAAACUGCUUCUGGCUGUAAAUAUCUUGAAUUUAUAGAAUUAUUUAAAUAUGUCUCAUUAUUUUCCCCCUCAGCCCUCAAGAUGAAAAUCAAGGAGGUGAAGAAGGAGAAGGGUGACCGGAAGCUGAUUGCAGCACAGAAGAAGAAGAAAGUGUUGAAGCAGGGUGUGCUGAGGAAAAAGGACCUGAAGAAACUAACCCUGUACAUCAAGAAUGGCGCCAACUGCCCGUGCGCCCAGCUGGACAGCCUGAGCACCAACUUCCUUAUCAUGGGCCGCAAGGUGGACCAGCAGCUGCUGCUCAUGUCCAUUCACAAGUGGGACAAGAAGAGCAAGGAGCUCAAGUUUGCCAUCAAGUACAUGAAGUCCCACCAGUGUCCCACCUACCACACCGUCUUCCAGUGAUGCUGCUCGCUUUACCGUUCACACAACUCACGACUGUUCGCCACAUUCCACCCUGUUCCAAGUAGACCUUAUUUUCAUUUUGAUGUUGCAGUUCUCAAACCCAGAUCCUAAAAACAGCCCACAACUUGGUCGAAGGAAGGGGGUUUAAGAGUAAUCAAGCUUUUAUUUUCUCAGCUUUAGCUUGAAUCCGGCAGUCAAGGGGUCAUUUUAAUCUGCCAAGAUCAAUCACAGUUUUAAGCGUCGGAGCGUAAAGGAGGUUUCACAAUUCACAGCUCCCUAACAAUGAAAACAUCCUCAUAGAAACCACAGAUUUUUAGUAAGUCCAGUGUAAUUAUUACAUUUCUCUAAGACAAACAGACACUUAAGCCUGCCUCUUCCAGUGUGAAUAUUCUUUCCUAACAAUACUUCUUUUCUCAGCUGAUAUGGAACCAACCAAUCACUUCUAUGAUAUCCUACUGUUAUCAAAUAGACUAUAUUACAAAGAAAUGCAAGACUAAAUAUUUGCAUCAAUUAUCGGGGGAAAUAUAUUUGAUAAUAACUUGAUUAUAGUCAGACAGAGCAGGAGUAGGAGGUUUGUUUCUGUGUAAGAGGAGAGAUGAUACUCUAGGGCUCCGCUUUGGGCCCAAUGGCACAGUGCCCCUAGAAACAACGUCAAAGCAGAGAGAUAUAGAUGAUCCGCUUAAGUGUAUGUUUUGAUAGUGUACAAAGUAGAAAACUCAGAUGUUUACUAGAUGAUUAGGUACCUGGGCUUUUUUUCUUUUAUCCCUGCUGGGAAAGAAGAGCGAUGGAGGAAGACAGACACACAGACUGGAUGAUGCUUCCACUGACUUUGUACAGCUCUGUUUUUGUGGCCUGAGAGAGAAAAACUUGAAUUUUUUUUUUUUUUGCUUUUACAAUUGGAUGGAGAGAUUAAGACAGAGAAGAAAUCGUCCUGUAAACAAGUGGAGAAUGAAAGAGAGGAAAGAAAGAGAAAGAGACUCUGGACAGAACCAACAAUGUUGGGUUGAUAAGUCUCUGGUACUUGUUAUUUUUCACUAUAACUCUUCUGUUUUUUUGUAUUCAAAUUUUUGAAUUUCUUUCAGUUAAACAUAUAGUAUGAAAGCAGAAAUCAUACGUACAGACAUAGCACCUGAACUCACUGUUGCUGUAGCAAUAAAAGAUGAAAUUUUAACUUUGACAAUACUUUCUAAUCAGUUAACCUGUAAGUAGUCCUGUUACUGAAAUACAACUUUGUUUUACAAGAAAAUAAAUGAAUAAAAUAUAUUUCAAAUUUUUAUAAAGAAUUUUUCUUUGAACUGUGCCGUGUCUUUAAUGAUUUAAUGACUGAGCCACAAAGAAAACACAAGCACACACUUCAGUUAUUUAUAGACACUUUUAUGUUAAACGCAGUUCCUAUGAAUCCAUUGCUUUUAUGAUAUAAUAAAUAAAACUUGUAGUCAAAAAUUGGCAUUAAAAGAAAGGGGAAUUACUCCAA